GGCGCGCUCCAGCCCGCGCGCUCCCGCGGCCCCGCACUCCCGCCGCUUCUCCCUCCGCGCUGCACCGCGCAGACAUCCGCUCUGGGAGCCCGUGGCCGGGGCCCUGGCGUGCAGAGAGGGCCUCGGCGGGGCCCAGCGGUCGGGCCCGAGAGGAUGCGGCCCGGGGCGGCCCGAGAGUUGAGCAGGGUCCCCGCGCUAGCCCGGAGCGGUCCCGGCCACCGGAGCCGCAGCCGCCGCCCCGCCCCCGGGAGACAUGACUUCCAAGCCGCAUUCCGACUGGAUUCCCUACAGUGUCCUAGAUGAUGAGGGCAGCAACCUGAGGCAGCAGAAGCUCGACCGGCAGCGGGCCCUAUUGGAGCAGAAGCAGAAGAAGAAGCGCCAAGAACCCUUGAUGGUACAGGCCAAUGCUGAUGGGCGGCCCCGGAGCCGGCGUGCCCGGCAGUCAGAGGAGCAAGCCCCCCUGGUGGAGUCCUACCUCAGCAGCAGUGGCAGCACCAGCUACCAAGUUCAGGAGGCCGAUUCGCUUGCCAAUGUACAGCUGGGAGCCACCCACCCACCAGCACCAGCCUCAGCCAAGAAAACCAAGGGAGCAGCUGCAUCCGGGGGCCAGGGUGGGGCCCCUAGGAAGGAGAAGAAGGGAAAGCAUAAAGGCACCAGCGGGCCAGCAACUCUGGCAGAAGACAAGUCUGAGGCCCAAGGCCCAGUGCAGAUCCUGACUGUGGGACAGUCAGACCACGACAAGGAUGCGGGGGAGACAGCAGCCGGCGGGGGCGCACAGCCCAGUGGGCAGGACCUCCGUGCCACGAUGCAGAGGAAGGGCAUUUCCAGCAGCAUGAGCUUUGAUGAGGAAGAGGAUGAGGAGGAAAACAGCUCUAGCUCCUCCCAGCUAAACAGCAACACCCGUCCUAGUUCUGCCACUAGCAGAAAGUCCAUCAGGGAGGCAGCUUCAGCCCCCAGCCCAGCAGCCCCAGAGCCACCAGUGGAUAUUGAGGUCCAGGAUCUAGAGGAGUUUGCACUGAGACCAGCCCCUCAAGGGAUCACCAUCAAAUGCCGAAUCACUCGGGACAAGAAGGGGAUGGACCGGGGCAUGUACCCUACCUACUUUCUGCACCUAGACCGUGAGGAUAGCAAGAAGGUGAGGCUCCUCUGGGCAUCCUGUUGGGUGUGUCUUCCCUUCAGGUCCAACCUGAUGGGCACCAAGUUCACCGUUUAUGACAAUGGUGUCAACCCUCAGAAGGCAUCCUCUUCUACGAUGGAAAGUGGAACCUUGCGCCAGGAGCUGGCAGCAGUGUGCUAUGAGACAAAUGUCCUAGGCUUCAAGGGACCUCGGAAGAUGAGUGUGAUCGUCCCAGGCAUGAACAUGGUUCAUGAGAGAGUCUGUAUCCGCCCCCGCAAUGAACACGAGACCCUGUUAGCACGCUGGCAGAACAAGAACACAGAGAGCAUCAUUGAGCUGCAGAACAAGACGCCAGUCUGGAACGAUGACACACAGUCCUACGUACUCAACUUCCACGGGCGUGUCACACAGGCUUCUGUGAAGAACUUCCAGAUCAUCCAUGGCAAUGACCCGGACUACAUCGUCAUGCAGUUUGGCCGGGUAGCAGAAGAUGUGUUCACCAUGGAUUACAACUACCCACUGUGUGCACUGCAGGCCUUUGCCAUUGCUCUGUCCAGCUUUGACAGCAAGCUGGCCUGCGAGUAGAGGCCCCCACUGCCUUUAGGGUGGCCCAGUUCGGAGUGGAGCUUGCCUGCCUGCCAAGACAGCCCUGCCUACCCUCUGUUCACAGGCCCUCAGUGGGCUUUCUGGCCUUACCAACCAGAAACCGGCUGCUCUGCCUCUGCUGCUGAAGCAGGGGAACAGCAAAUGGGUAUGACAGGAAAAGAGUAUUUCUGUGCCCCAAGGUCAACACACAUACCCAAUCCUGGGUCAGUCCCCUGCUGCAGUUGUGUUUACCACACUGGAAAGCCUCUUCAGCUGGAGGUAGAGGGAGAGGAAGCACAAGCAGGGCUGCUGUGGCUCAGCCAUCCACUCAGCCUACAAGCCAGAGGACAAUGGGUGUUCUAGGAGGUAGGGGAGCAGUGAGUAUGUGUGUAUGUAUAAGGCACUUGAGCUUUAUGUUGCAGAGGGUCUGGUGGUCAGCAGAAAGAACUCCCACUUCAAAAGGGCCCAUUAGGCCCAAAUGGGGUUAGGGGUGGUAGGGAUAGGUGCGUGGCAGGCCCCUGCUAGGAUUGCAGGGGCCUGGCUAUGUGUAUUAGCUGGUGGUUUAUAAUGCUAGCUCAUUUGUUGCUUCAGAUUUGCCCAGUGCUUGCACAAGCAAGAACCCAGCUCUCAAGGCCAAAUAUCUGAGUGGAUGGGGAUUAUAGGAGUCAUCCAGUAGACUCCCUACAUCAGGGCUCUCAGCAGCCCCAGCACAACACCUCUGACACACACAUGGGAUCUAGGUCACCAUUCAAGUAAUGGUAUGCUUCAGGAAGAAUGUCCUCUCUGGGAAGACUCAGCUCCCAUUGUUGCCAGCAUGCCAUGAUCCAUGAGGGCUGUAUGCCAUUCUUAGGGGGAUGGAGCAGGGUGAGGGGAGCAGAGGGUAUCUUAGGGCCACAGGAGCUCAGAGGUGAUAGUACUCUGUAUGGUCCACCAAAAGCAAUGCUGAUCCCUGAGUACAGGGUACUUGUCUCUUGGUUACCUCACUGGUUAAUGACAGAGUUGAGAACCUCAAGUUCUUUUGCUCCAACUGUUGCCCAGAAACUAGACUCUGACCUUCUGGGGUCUAUUCUGCAUGUCCUUUCCCUUCCCAGUUCCUGAGAUUAAGCUCUCAGAGUUAAUGUAUAAGGUUGGAAACCUUUCAGUAGGGAAUCAGGCAGUUCCCUGUUGAAAGCUGUUGAGGUUUUACACACCAUUCUGAUCUGAUAUGGCCUGUGCGUGGUUCCUCUAUGAGGACUUUGAGCUGUGCGCAGACCUUAGCAGGACCACUGUACACUUUGUGUAUGUAUGACAGGCAGCCCAAGGGUUCUGGGCUGGGCCUGGAUAUCCCCUCCACUUGGACGGCACCACUCGUUUGGUGGGCUUGGGAACACCGAGCUCUUGCCCAUGUGCCAUUUGUGAGAAGUUUCUUGCCUCGAUGGAGAUGAGAAACCAGUGGAAAGCAAAGAGCAUUUAGACAUCACCUUUUGCUUUGAAGCAGAUAUGCUUGGACAGGCUAAGUAGAAGUUUAAAAAGUAGAGUCAUGUAGAGUCAUGCUUUGGAUAUGUGAGUCAUGCUUUGAAUAUGAGGCUCUGCAGGCAAGGAGGCUGGAUUGAUGUAAAUGGAAGUAAGUACUUUAAAAAAAAAAGAUCUAGACUUCCUGGGUUGGACACUCUAAGCAAGGCACACCUGUAGCAGGGUCUGACACACCUGAGCCAUACAUCUCCAUCAGAGAACCCUCAGUGAGGUAGCCUUUGUUUACAGUCUAGUUUCUGCAGGGCAGUAGGACUUCCAUGCUGGGGCUGGCCUAUCUCCUGAUGAAAGAUUACAGUGCCAUCUCCUUCCCAUAGCUCUGUGUCUGCCCUCCCUUCCUCCCUGACUUCAUAAGGAGAAAUCUCCUGACAUUAGAGGUGAUAGAAACCAGAUCUUUAGUCUGCUCAGGCUGUUUCUCUGGGUUGAUAAGUUUAAGAUUGAACAGGCUGAUUUCUAGAAUCUCAUGAGUGGAGGGGACCCUCGUGAUUAGGGGAACUGGAAGCACAAUGGAAAACUCUUGGGCUCUGCUCUCUGCUUUACCACACAGAAAAGAGGGCUCUUGGCUAUUUGAAUAUAAAGUUGGUAGCACCAGGAAAUAGGCUGAACUUUGUAGCCCACUGUGGAGAGGAGCAGCCUCAGCACAAACCCCUCUGUUGGGCACUGAGUGACAAGACCAGCCUUACAAGGUCAGAUCUUAAGACUCAGCUCCUGGUGAUAACACCGUUUCUUGACCACUGGCCCUGUGAACACAGGCUAGUAGACUUCAGAUACCAGGGCCCCGGGGAUCACCUGGGUUAGCCUCUCCCACAGUAAGAUUUCUUACCCCUCAUACCCUCUUCUCGUUGGUCCUUGGCUGGGUAGCAAAUUGAUGAGAAGAGCAGUCUAGUCUGUAAGAGUGCGGGGCAGCUGGAACCUUAGGCAGCUCCCGUGGUGUGCUACUGGCUCCACACCCUAAAACUCUCCACCCUCUGCUCCAAAACAGCUCUUCUGCAGAGUGGUAAUGUUAGCUUCCCCAUCUCCUCUCCAAGUCUAGCUUUUUCUGUCCUUCUGGCUCCAAGGUGCUCUGUCUCUCUGUCUCUGUCUCUGUCUCUCUGUCCCUGUCUCUCUGUCUCUCUCUCUCUCUCUCUGUGUGUGUGUGUGUGCGUGUGUGUGUGCAUGUGUGUCCAGAGGAAAGGGCAGUCUGCAAACAAUGAACAGAAGUUUAAGAUCACAUCAGAGUAGGAAAGAAUAAGGAGGCAGUGGUGACCACUGUGGAUGGUGCCUCUUCAUUCCAUGCUCUUUCUCCCAUGGUUCUGAGCAGGUGACUAUCAAGGAAGUGUAGUGUCAGUUCACUGGAAGAGGAGCCGAGAUGUGCAUCCUUUUAAAUGAAUAUGGUGUAGUGAUGAUGCCUUAACAAUCUUGACACUAAGGUGAAGCAAGCGAGUAAGGUUCGUGCCUAUGGGAAGACAGGCAUUGGAAGCCAUGGUGUGUGGCAACAGGCUGGAAGAGAACUUUUAGUAAUCCUACCUUCUUCAGAGACAAGACAACCACACUGUAAAGUGGGCUCUUUUGGUGUUUGUUUGUUUUUUUUCUUUAUCCUUUCUGGAAAUGGCAGAUCUAUUUGCCUCAAAAUGUUAUGUAGAAGUAGUUUAACAAGCAAUAGAGAUGACUGCUUAGACAGGGUCUGCAGGGAGCUCUGCUCUGCAAGCACAACACCUGUCUCAUAGAUGGACAGCCUGGUCUCCCUUCUCAGCAGUCCUGGCCUCCCCCUUCUCUGUAUUCCUUGCCCCAGCUACGAUAUCCUCAUGGGAUUUCAGGAUGCCAGAUACCAUCAAAGCAUGCUUUCUUGUGGUGCCUAGCACUGUGACUGGGGCCCAACUGCCCUUCAGAGUUGGGACCUUAUACUGCCCUAGGCCCUGGCUUGUAGACCUGCUUUAGUCUCCAGAACGGGCUAUGGGAUAGUUUUCUUUCAGUGUGUGGCCACCCACCCUAAUUCACUUCCAGCUUGCAAUCUUCUGUCAUUUCAAGAUCUUAAGUACUGGGAUGGGUUUAAGUUUUCAGCACAGAGGCAAGCUGAUCUAGGAGCAUACAACUGUACCGAGCAGCUAGAGCAUUUGAGCAAACUAUGUAAUCUCUGUGUGUUCCCUUCCCUGCAAGAUACAGGCCUGUCAGAGCUUGCUGUAGGAGUUAGGGUAAGUGAAAGUUAGACCUGGCUCUCGUCACUACCUUUCCUAGCUCAUCACUGUGCCUUCUUUCUUUCCUAAGAAAGACACUGCACCCCUCUCCUCCCCGACUGAGGUCCAGGUAGAGUGGGAGAUGAGGUUGAAAUGCAGAGUGUUCUAUAGAGCAUCUCAGUAGCAUAGAAGCCCAGCUCCAGCCUCCUGGACCCCAUACUGGUGACCGGCUUGGUGAGGACAGGCAAACUUUCUCUAGCUGAGAGCACACUUAGCCAGUUUUCACGCCUAAAACAUGUAUGUCAAUUUGCACAUGAUUGUCUUUUUCCUAUUUUGGAGUGGUCAGACAUUUUAUUUUUGUUCAAAAUUAUCUGGAGUUUUAGACAAACUUGCAAAACUGUGCUUUUAUUAAGUGACUUUUUGAAUAAACUUUUUGGUAUUCUGAAGCAAAUGAAUUUAUUUAUUGGUAUGUGCAAUGACAAACUUGGUAUUUUCCCAUAAUGACAUUAUGUAUGUUGUAGAAUUUAGUGUUUGUCUAAGUACAGACAUGUAUCAACAAAUUAAACUUGAAAUGUUUGA